CUGAUUGGAAUUCUCGCCUUGCCCAACAACUCUAUAAAACAGCAAGUCUGGCAACACUACAGCUGUGAAGCUUUAAGAGGUCCAAAACCAAAACAAAUGGAACAACAAAUAAAUGCACAAAUUAAACUGGAUAAUAGUCUUAAAAUUAUAAGAGAAUAUGACUGGCUAAUAAAUGCAUACGUUUUGGAUUUCUAUGUAGACAAUCAUUGGGAUAAGUUGCCACAUGCAUGGCGAAAACAUUUCGAGAAUAUGCCUCCAGAGCAAAUGUGCUUUCUCUUGGAGGAUAAUGAUGAUAAAUCUCAAGCAACCACACCGAAAGUUAAUUCUGUUUGGCCUUUGAGUUUAUUGGUGCUGAAAUCGGCAUUCCAGUGGUUGUGUAUAGGAAGACGACGCACAAAAAAGGAUAUACUUCCCAGAAGUCAUUUAUUGGAUCAUCCCAAGUUGAAGCAUAUAUUCAAUAAAGGUGUUAAGCCCAAAAAACGCCAUGAGCUGGAUUCAAUGGCUGCGCUCUGCAAACACAUUUGCCAAGAUACACCUGUCGAUUUCAUUGUUGAUUUCGGUGCUGGUUUGGGACAUCUUGCUCGAACUUUGGGAUAUGCUUACAACAUUAAAAUAUGUUGUUUGGAAAUGCAAACGAAACUUAAUAAGCAGGCCUAUGCAAUGGAUGAUUAUAUGGAUAAGUUGCAAAGGAAAUAUGUUGAUGAAAUAUACUGUCAGAAGCCAGAACAUGUAGACCUUUGCCUAACAGCCGAUAUGGAAGCCAAAGAGUUCCUUCAUACAAUUGAAACUAAAUUGGGCCUUGCAAAUAGCAGCUACCGAUUUGGUAUUAUUGGUCUGCAUCCUUGUGGCGAUUUGGGAGCCAUUCUCAUGCGUAUGUUUUUAAAGUGCAAACAAGCAAAAUUUCUUAAUUUUGUUGGUUGUUGUUACAUGAAAUUAACUACAACCGAAGAUAGCGUUGUACCAAAGCAAACGUAUGGUUAUCCCAUGAGUGCGUAUCUGAGAAAAAAUAUCUCGUUUUCCAAACUAUCCUAUGAAGCUAGAGAAAUUUCUUGCCAUGCGAUAGAAUUGUACCGUGAAAGGUUAUCGUUGAAAGACUAUGAGUAUCUGAAGGUACAUUCCUAUAGAGCUGCCACCGAGCGAGUUAUACGUCAACAUUAUCCUGAACUAAGGCAUACAAGAAUGAAUAAUGUUAGGCAUAUACCCGGAACGAGUUUUGAGGAUUAUUUCUACAAAGCUGUAAAAGGUUUGCCUUGUGAGCAGCUUUCUCCUAGCCAUCUGUGUACCUCCACAACUGAAAGUGACCUUCGUAAUUGGAAAAAUAUUGUUAUAUUCUAUACAUUGAGGUUAUUCUUCGCCCCGCUCAUAGAGAGUGUUUUACUCUAUGACCGUAUGCUAUAUCUAAUGGAAAAUGAUUGCAAAGUUGAUAUAAACGCCAUAUUUGAUCCCCGUUUAUCACCUCGUAAUCAUAUAACAACUGCCACGAAAACAAGAUGACAAGAAGGAAAGGAGACCACCAUUAUCGUUUUAAAUAAUAAUGGAUUUUUUUUGUUUGACAAUUCUUGGAUCGUGCUUUAUGGGUGGUAUAAUAAAAUGGCCAUUAUCUCUGCGUUAUCACAACAAA